CCUUGUCAGGUGACAUUUAAAUAUUCAUAGCACGGGUUUUAACUGACCGCUGUUAGCGCGAAAAGAUUUAUAGCCAUUCGAAGGCUCUUUUAAGUGCAGAUAACACGUCUUUUUUACUCUCUCUAUGACACGUAAUAUGGGCGAUUCGGGUGACGAGCUGACUUUAGAUACUGAUAGAUUGACAAAAGAAAACACAGGAGGGAAUUCUACACUGGAAGUCUCAGAUAUUGUCAAAUUAUUUACGGGAGUUAUACAGUCCCAAUUUAAAACUUUCUCGGGACAAUUAAAAGCCGAGCAGUCAGAGUCGAUUUCAAAGAAGCUAAAAGAAAAUUCUCUGCACAAGAUCAAGUCCGAAGGGUGGAAAACCGUCAACGAAUAUCAGUGUAACGAAAUCGCAGACAACUCUGAUGAUGAAAAGAAGAUCCGCAGUGCAGAAAACAGGGCCCUCAGACACCAAAAGCAGAACAAGAGAUUUCAGCCUUAUGGGACGCAAAAAACACCAGCAGCAGCGGGAUCUCCAGCUCAAUUGGCUUUUCCUGGGGCUUCUAAUACUUUUCAACCCUUUCCUGCGUUUCAACAGCAGCAACAACAGCCAUUUCUCUACGGCCAGGGCAGAAACAAGCAGUCAAGGAGACAGCCUAUGCCGUACGACGUUUGUUUCAACUGUUUCGCAACAGGGCACUGGAAGUCCAACUGCCCAAAGGGAAAGGCCACUCAAAGUCAAUGAUAAGUAUACAGGUUGUUUGACUUGUGUUGUUGAAAAGAGUAAAACGGAAUGCGGUAUAAAACAUAGUCUAAAAAGGCAUUACAGUAAAUGGGAGGAAAUAGGGGCUUUUCAAUAUAUUUUGAAAAUAGUACAUUCUGGUUAUGAAAUUCCUUUUAUCUCCAUACCACCGUCUAUGAAUUUUAGAAAUAAUAA